AUGAAUUUGCAUCCUCCACCACAGUUUCUACCAGUUCCUGGUAAGCCGUCAAUACCAUGGGAGGAAUGGUACUUACUCUUCGAAACUUACCUUACGGCUUGCGGCGGUGACUCUUUCCCCAGUGAACGCAAAGUUUCUAUCCUGCUAAACUGUCUUGGCGCGGAAGGCCAAAAGCAGUAUCGUCACUUGCCGGAUAUUUCUAUUCAGAGGAGCACGGGAUCGGCUACAACUUCGCCUCAACCUGAUGCCGCGUCUGCUGGAGAUACUGCUCCUCCUCAGGAUCCUUACGUCGUUGCGGUCAUAAAGCUAAGGACUCGUUUCACGACGAGCGUCAACAGAACUGCCGAACGCUACAAAUUUCGUUCGCGGGCUCAGUUUGCUGAAGAAACUGUGGACGAAUAUGUCUCUGCUCUCACGGAACUCGCUUCCACCUGUAGCUUUGGGAGCCUCACCGAAGAAAUGAUCUGCGAUCAAUUUGUUGAGAAAACUGAUCGAAGAGAGAUACGGGAUCGUCUCCUCUUGGAGCCUUCCCUGACCUUGGACUCUGCCUUGGUAAUUGGAAGGCAAGUCGAACAGGCCAUACGAGAAUCGGCUUUGCUGUCGAGUCCAGUUCAUUCUUCGCAAGUAGCAGGAAUACGUAAGAAUGAUUCCGCUCCAGUGAAGGCCAAGUGCUUCAGAUGUGGAUCGGCGAAACACAAGGCAAACCAUCCCUCUUGCCCUGCCAAGGACAAAAUAUGCCGCAAGUGCCACAAGAAGGGCCACUUCGAAUCCGUCUGCCGCUCAAGUACGAAGCAACGGAAGAUGGUGCGCGAGCUCGACGCCUCAGUAUUUGCCGUCACAUCUGCAACACCUUCAGCAAUCUUCUGUCAAGUUGAGGUCGACCAUAUUCUGCUGAGGAUGUUAGUCGACACAGGAUCGUCAGUCUCCUUGCUGCCCAUUACUUUAUACAAGCAGUAUUUCAAGCACCUGCCGCUCGAACAUUCUGCAGUUAAGCUCAAGUCCUAUUCACAUGAAGUUAUUCCUGUCCACGGAACGUUCACAGCUUUGGUGAGCUUCGCCAAACGUUCGAAAGCCUGCACUUUCUACGUCGUAAAGUCUGGAACUCCAAUAUUGGGUAUUGACGCCCUUCAUGCACUGUGUAUCAAGUUGGAUGUCGCACAGCUGAGAUGCUCUCGCGUACAAGCUGAGUCAGACGACAGCAUGGAAUGCACUGUCCCAGAUCAGUUUCCACGUCUAUUUGCCGACGGGUUAGGACUUGCAAGAGGGUUCUCUCAUAAAGUUACUGUCAAGACUUCAGUGAUUCCUGUGCAGCAAAAACUGCGACGGCUGCCAUUAGAAGUCCGACAGAAGGUAUCCGAGGAACUGCAAAAGUUAGAGCAAGCGGACAUCAUCGAGCGGGUUGACGCGUCCGAAUGGGUGUCUCCCAUCGUCGUCGUCUGGAAAAGGACCGGAGAACUGCGCUUAUGCGUCGAUCUACGGAAACCAAACGAAGCAAUCAUUGUGGACAGCCAUCCACUUCCGCACGUAGACGAUCUGUUUCACAAGUUAGCUGGUGCUCAUUUCUACUCGAAAUUGGACCUUUCGUCUGCGUAUCAUCAACUGCAGUUGGCCGAAGAAAGCAGGAACCUUACCGCUUUCAUCACUCACGAGGGUCUUUUCCGCUACAAGAGGGUUUGCUUUGGCCUGGCCUCGGCGGCAGCAGCUUUCCAGAAAAUGUUAUCUACUGUCUUAAAGGGUUGUGAACGAACAAACAAUUCACUACCUGGACGACAAUCUUGUCUUUGGGAAAAACCGCAGGGAUCAUGA